AUGAUCUUUUCGAUUUUAGCUCUCGUUUACGAGUACGAAAAUCCAUUUGAACUUGCAAGCGCAUACGAAUCAAAUGAAGCCAAUAGCGAAUUCUCUCACGCAUGGCGCACCCACGAUUAUGAAUACCAUUCACCAGAUGAGAACUCCUAUGAGUAUGAAAACCCAUGGGAAAUGACAACAAACGAAAUCGAAUACGUUGACGACCCAGUCGAAGCCAACGAGUACUACGAAUACGAAACAAAUUAUCAAGAAAUUUACGAGUAUGAGCAGAACUAUGAAGAUGAAAACAUUUACCCAAUGGCAUACUACGGUCCAACUUCCGGCAGAUGGUUGAACGAGAUUGAGUACUUUGAAGAAGAGGAGGAAGAGAACGGCGUUCAGCCAAUCUAUUACAUCGAAGAAGAAGAGAAUGCCCUCGAAGAAGAGCAGGACUACGAUGCCAAUGAAUACGGAUACAUUUACGAAGAAAACGACUAUGCUUAUCCAUACGAGGCCAACUACUAUACCUAUGAGUAUAGACCUCUUUAA